GGCUGCCCAGCGCUGUGACACCAGACCUGAAAUCACCCUCGACUGGUCAGGACCUAUUUUAUGCGCUUUUUAUGAACUUCUUGCACACGGAUUUGGACCAAGUUUCUAAUUGCUUCAUAAACCUAUCCAUUGAUCAACAUUAUUUUACCUGAUAAAAUAAUAUACAUUUUUAAAGAAGAAAAGGAUACUCUAAGAAGAAUGGAGAAGUGGACAACCCCUGAAUACUAUGACUAUGAUUAUGAAGAGCAGGAGAACAGCACCAUGUGUGACUACUCUGAGUGGAAGCCUUCCUACUCAGUCAUCCCAGUCCUCUACAUGCUCAUCUUCAUCCUGGGUCUCUCUGGCAACGGUGUGGUCAUCUUCACUGUGUGGAGGGCUCAGGCCAAGCGCCGGUCAGCAGACAUCUACAUAGGCAACCUGGCCAUGGCUGACCUGACCUUCGUGCUGACUCUGCCACUGUGGGCAGUGUACACUGCAUUGGGCUACCACUGGCCCUUCGGUGUGGCCCUCUGCAAGAUCAGCAGCUACGUGGUGCUGCUCAACAUGUACGCCAGCGUCUUCUGCCUCACCGCCAUGAGCUUUGACCGCUACCUGGCCAUCGUGCACUCUCUGUCCAGCACCCAGCUGCGUACCCGUGGCCACAUGCAGGCCUCCCUGACGGCCAUCUGGCUCCUCUCCGGCCUACUGGCUGCCCCCACACUCAUCUUCCGCACCACCAAGAAUGACGAGAGCAGCGACCUCAUCUCCUGUGGCAUGGACUUCAGCCUGGUGUUGGGUGAGGGUAAUCAAACAAUCAGUCAAUCAAAUGAAUUGAAGCAGAAGGAGUCCAUGUGGAUUGCAGGGCUCAGCAUCUCCUCCUCUGCCCUGGGCUUCCUCCUACCCUUCCUGGCCAUGAUGGUGUGCUACUGCUUCAUCGGCUGCACCGUGACACGCCACUUCAACAGCCUGCGUAAGGAGGACCAGAGGAAGAGGCGUCUGCUGAAGAUCAUCACCACCCUAGUGGUUGUGUUUGCUGCCUGCUGGAUGCCCUUCCACGUACUGAAGAGCGCUGAUGCCCUCUCCUACCUGAACCUGGCUCCAAACACCUGUGCCUUCCUCCGCUUCCUCCUGCUGGCCCACCCUUAUGCUACCUGCCUGGCCUACGUCAACAGCUGCCUCAAUCCCUUCCUGUAUGCCUUCUUCGACCUGCGCUUCCGUUCCCAGUGCCUCUGUCUGCUCAACCUGAAGAAGGCCAUGCACACCAGCCCCGGCAGCUCCAUGUCCUCCCAGAAGACAGAGGCCCAGUCGCUGGCCACUAAGGUGUGACGUUUAUGCUGGGGUCAGGGCAUGGAAGAGGGAUGCCAGCCAGAGGGAAUAGGUCUCUAGCUGCCUUUUCCUGUCCUGCCUCCAUCGUCACCUGAACACUACAGGUAAAUGUAAGAUUUCAGAGGUGCAUGAUAUCAUUACCUAUCCAGCAAAAUGAUAUCAUUACCUAUUCAGCCACAUGCAUGUGGACUGCAGACUGAGUGCAAAUGUACGUGUCCUCCAGACUGUGUGACUGAGGAAACUGAUAGUCAGUCCUCUGGCUGUAAUCAUGACCACUGACAUCCUCCAAGCUCACUCUCAGUGAUUAGGAAGUUUGUACAAACCCCUUGAACUGCUUGAUACAGGGGGGCAAGCUCCAUGCCAGGGUGAUGCAAACCAGAACCCAGACAUUUUGGACAGAGUUGAAUGUAUUUCAAAGGGACAAAGCAGCUCAUAUUGUUCUCCUGGUGUUCCGUGUUGACUUAAGACAAGUUCUUAGGUGGGUUGUCCCAUGGCUCUGGCUUUUAACACUGGAGGAGUGUAUUAUACAUGCAUUUGUAUCAUGCUGUUCUUGUUUUUUUUUAAGCACUUGCUCAUUGGAAUGAGGUGAGACCUCUUCCUCUGCCCCAGUCAUGACGUACGUGUGUGUGUGUGUGUGUGUGUGUGUAGGUCCAGGAAAGGUGUUGCAGCUUGAUUAAAAAAGUUGUAAAGGGAGAUAAGGGCACGGAGGGAGGGGGGUGGUCCCAGACGGACAGAUGGCAGCUGACAAAUGUUGUCGAGUGAGGAGAGCCAACUAAUAGGUGGCUGCUCUGACAGAUUAAACUCCUUUGUGUGUGUGUGUGUGUGUGUGUGUGUGUGUGUGUGUGUGUGUGUGUGUGUGUGUGUGUGUGUGUGUGUGUGUGUGUGUGUGUGUGUGGGUGUGGGUGUGGGUGUGGGUGUGGGUGUGGUUGUGGGUGUGUAUUGAAUCAGAUUGGGGAAGGCAUGAAUUAACUUGUUUUUAUUUGACAAAGAUGUGAAUACAUGCUGUACAAUGCUUUCAUGUGAUGAUUUGAAAUAAAAAAGUUUUCUGAUGAACUAAAA